GGGGUGGGAAGUGCGUCAAUGAAAGUGGGCCCACAACAUUUUAUAUUUAGUUCAGUUCACUAAGUAGUUGUGUACAAUCAGAUUGUGAAGUGAUAACGACUUGUAGUUGACCAAGUUGGAAGAAAGUAUAGAAACAGAGAGGACGAUGCGGUGGAACGAUGUGUGAUGGUGCCGACGGUAGGGCGCAUGGAAGGCGCUCUGGACGGACCAUGCUGACCGGACUUGGGGUGGUACUAGCGGCUCUGGUGGUAACCACCAAUUCAUGUUACUUGUUUCCUAGUGACGUGCCAGACCCGUGCCGCGGUGUGAGUUGUGGCCCGGGAGCGCUGUGCCGGCCGACGUCCGAUGGCCGCUCGUACAACUGCGAGUGCCCCACCUCCUGUCCCAGCUACGGCGACCACGAGGGCUCCCGGCCGCUGUGCGCUAGCGAUGCGCGCGACUACCCCGGCGAGUGUGAGAUGCGACGCGCUGCCUGCGAUUCCAACACCAACAUCACUUUCAAAUACAUCGGCAAAUGUGAUCCAUGCGCAGGAGUGACUUGUCCUGAUCCAGAAGUUUGCCAGUUGGACGAGCGGCGAGCGCCGUCGUGCCGCUGCGCUGAGCCGUGCCCGCUGGAAUUCUCACCCGUGUGUGCGUCCGACGGGAAGACAUACUCAAACGAGUGUCAGAUGCACCGCGAGUCUUGCCGCGCAAGAAAACAGUUGAAGAUUAUAUUCAAAGGACAGUGCAGUUCCGGUGUGAACCCGUGCGCGGAGGUAGAAUGCCGUCACGGUGCUGAGUGCCGCGUGGAGGGCGGUGGCGCGGUGUGCGCUUGCCCGCCGGCGUGCGAGCCGGUGCUGCGGCCCGUGUGCGGCUCCGACGCGCGCACGCACGACAGCGAGUGCGAGCUGCGCCGCGCCGCUUGCCUGCUGGGCCGCGAGCUGCGCGUUUUGCACGCCGGCGCCUGCGGUUCCAACGGCGUUUGCGCCGGCCGAGUCUGCCCGCACGGGGGCGAGUGCAUCGCAUCCGGCGGGCGCGGCGUUUGCCGCUGUCCUCGCUGCUCGAACGAGUUCGCGCCCGUGUGUGGGUCGGACGGAAUAUCGUACGGCAACCGCUGCAAGUUGCAAUUGGAGGCUUGCCGGCAUCGACGCGACGUGCAAGUGCUGUACGACGGACCUUGUAACGGCUGCGAGAACAAGAAGUGCGAAUUCUACGCAGUUUGUGAAAGUGACGGCGUGUCUGAAGCUAGCUGCGUUUGUCCGAAACAUUGUGAGGAGGGAACAGAAACGGAAGAAGUGUGCGGCAACGACAACCAGACGUACAGCAGCGUGUGCGCUCUACGCGACGUCGCUUGUCGCGAGAAACGGAGGCUGCAUAUAAAACACAUGGGGUCUUGCGAAUCUUGUGCUGGCGUCCAAUGUCCGGCCGGAACUUGGUGCGCGCGAGGGCAAUGUGCUUGCGUAACCCCUUGCGCUGAAGCCGAGCGCGAGCCCGUGUGCUCGAACACGCGGCAAACGUUCGUGCACGAAUGCGCAUUGCAGAAGGCGGCGUGCGAGGCAAGAAUGCGCGGCGAACAGCCGUUACACGUUGCCUACUAUGGGGAGUGCGCCGACGCACAGGACGACAAUGCUACUGCGGGAAUAAAUAAAUCAGUCAAGAUUGUGGACAGUAAUGAUAUCCGAAUCGGAGAAGAAACUGAAACGUCCAGUGAACCUAUGACAAGUACCGCGGUAUGCGCGCGAGUGCAGUGCGCUUACGAGGCAACUUGCGCCGUCGAUUCCAAUGGACAACCCAGAUGUGCAUGUUUGUUCGAUUGUGCUGCGGCGGCGGCCGCGUCUGCCACCUCCGCCCCAGUUUGUGCGUCCGACCUACGUCUGUACCCGACCCUGUGCCAUAUGAAACUAGAGGCGUGCAGGCGGCAGGAAGAGUUGAGACUGAGGCCGCUGCCCCUGUGUCGUGGCCUGGAGUUUCGGCCUUGCGGUGACGACGAAGCUGUAGUAGACUCCGAAGGACGCCCUGUUGACUGCGGCGGAGGUCCUCGUAGAAAAGACUGCCCUAUCGGUAGUUACUGCCACCACACAGCUAAAGCUGCGAGAUGCUGCAGAAAAGAAAAAGGCCUCACAGAAACCAAAGGUUGCCAGGAGUCUUGGCACGGGUGUUGCGCAGACGGCGUGACCCCAGCUCGUGGGCCAGGUGGCGUUGGAUGUCCGUCUCAAUGUGGGUGCCAUCGACUGGGCUCUGUGACCGAGCAGUGCGACGAGAGCGGUCAGUGCUCGUGCCGGCCGGGCGUGGGUGGUCAGAAAUGUGACCGCUGCGAGCCCGGCUACUGGGGGCUGCCGAGGAUCGGUACCGGCCACACUGGCUGCAUACCUUGUGGUUGCUCAGCAUUUGGAUCAGUGCGUGAGGACUGCGAACAAAUGACGGGUCGUUGCGUCUGCAAACCUGGGAUACAAGGUCAAAAGUGUACAGUCUGUUCAAAUCACGAGCACACUCUUGGGCCGAACGGGUGUUUUGAUCCUGAAUCAACUCAACUGCCAGCUACCAGUUGCGACCACAUGACUUGCUACUUCGGAGCUCACUGUAUAGUUCGCAGCGGACUUGCAACGUGCGACUGCAUUACACCGGAAUGUCCACCGGCAGAGGGCCCAUCCGUGUGCGGUAGCGACGGGCGCACAUACUUAUCCGCUUGCCACUUGCGAACUCACGCUUGCAAAACUCAGUCAGACAUCGUCGUACAAGCCUUCGGCCCUUGCGCCAACGAGACUCCGCACGUGAGGCGAGGUAGUCGCUCCACCGAUACUCGCUCAAACCUCACCCGAAAACAUCGAGAGCACGUUAACUCUAAAUCUCUUGAGACACACGCCAAACAUUCUUCCACAAACUCUCUCCAGUACACAGAUGCUUCCGUAGACACCAGUGAUAGCGGCAAACCAGACAGUCCAGACCCCGAGCUCAGUUGUGUUGACAUCCUUCCGCCAGUCGGAUACCGCUAGCUUUAGGACCGCUAGAAUAGUAGACCUUCUGCACCAAUCGUUGUUUAUGUAGAUAUCGAAGCACCUACUUGUAAGAUUUUCAAAUUAUAGCAGUUUUAAGAUGUUGUUUUAACUGAUUCGCAGAAAAUAAUGCAAUGGAGGAAAUUGUAGAGGGAAAGAAUUGUGCGGUAAAGGCCAAAGACAAAAUUCCUUUCGAUGAGGAUGGGGAUUUAGAGGAAGAACUAAUAAACCAGGUGGUGGAAGACUAUAUGCUCUACGAAGAGUAUAUCGAGGAGGAGAUAAGUGAUAUGUAUAAAGUGCCGUUGUUCGAUGGCAUGGCACGUAUGACCGCUCGGACGCGACUGCCCGCGAAGCGAUUCGAUAUUUGGGCCGAAGUGUCCGCCGUUUGCGGUAAAGGUGCUUUGAUGAGUGCGUCUGGGACGAGAGAUCAUUUGUGGCUUGGUUUUCUAGAAGAUAGGGCAGUGUUACGUUGGGAUGCGGGUGGAGGGCCUUUGGAACUGUACUCUGGGAAAGUGAAAAUAGAUGGCAAGUCGCAGAUAUCAGCGCGGCGAUACAAGAAAGAUGCGAUGCUGCGAGUUGGGUCGGCGACGGCACGGGGGUCGGCGCCUGGUAGGAUGAGCUCAUUAGAUGUGGACCCGUUUAUCUACAUCGGUCAUCCUCCAGAAAAUGUGACGAAGUUAUCUGGCGGACCGUUGCACGGUUUCGUGGGAUGCAUUCAUCGGCUGCGCGUGAGUGGACGCGACAUAAUUCCUCCUACCAGAGGAUUAUCAUUAACAGGCUACGGUUUGCGCUCCUGUACACCACAUAACAUCGCUCGAUUUACCUGCCCAUAACAUAUUGAAGAUUCAAGUAUCCGCAUUCGAGAAAAAGAGAACUCUUUACUUAAUAGCCAAUCAGCAAAACAGUCGACGACCUCCGUGGCCGAGUGGUUUAUACGCCGGGUUUCAUGGCGUCGCCGACUCGAGAGGUCCCGGGUUCGAAUCCCGGUGGGGGCAGAUGUUUGUGUGAUGAAUACGAGCAUUUGUACUCCAGUCAUGGAUGUUUAAUAUGUAUUUCAUAUAAAUAUACUUAUAUAUGUACAAUAUAUGUAUUCUAUCCGUUACCCUAGUAUCCUAUAACACAAGCCUUUACAGUGCUUACUUUGGGGCUAGGCUAAUUGGUGUGAGUGUUGGAAAUAUUUAUU